AUGGGCGACAGGGGGCAGGGCGGUAGGUCGUCGCUCAACCAGCAGAAGCGAUCCGUUACCAUAACCAGCAGCGGGUCUCGGCAACGACCCACCCCACCUCCAAGUUCACCUUCAGUUCUCAACUCGGUCGUAUCAGAUCUUAUGCGAGCAGCUGUCGGAGGGGUCCCCUCCAUCGUCCCCGACGACGACUUACAACGCUACAUUGCAGCGAAGAUACUCGAAGAAACCGCGGCUGCAAAGAAGCGCUAUGAGCACGACGGCAAUAACGAGCACGGCGGACGGAUACACGAGAUCGUCACCUCGGAAGCCAUCCGGAGUACGACGCUCGGACACGACCACGCCGAAGCAGCAGCGCAAGCAGUGCCGGGGCGGAAAGCGGUCGAAUUAGAUCCACACACCCAGCGCAUCAAACGCGGCCGCGGCGCCAUCGGGUCCUCCCGUCUCGACAAAUUCUUUGACGACGGUUAUGACCCGGCCUUGGAUCUGGACAACUACGACGAUGCGAGUCUGGUGCAUUAUGUGGAGCGGUUGGAGGAGCUCGCGCGGAAGCCACGCGGUGGCGAUGAGUCUUCCCGUACGGCUGCGUCGUCUCGAGAUCGGCCGGGUAGGGAGCUGGAUAGGGACGAGAAAAAAGAGGAUCGAAAGAGGAGAAAGGAAAAAAAGGAGAAGAAAGCAAAGAAAGAGAAGAAGGAGAGUAAUGGCAAACGAGAUCGAGAGCGGGAUACCACGUCGUCGCGUCGUCGGCGGCGAUCACGGAGUCUCGUGUCAUCAUCAUCAUCUGAGGAUGAGAGGGAGAGGAGGGGAAACCGGGGAAGGGAAGUGACGAUGCACACUCAGUUGUCGAACGUACCGCGAGAUCUCCCGACAUCGUGUCCGUGGUGA